CAAGCCUCAACCACCCACGGCGCAGAGUGACGGCGCACGCCUGGAUUUCGCUCUGGUAGAUCCUAGCGCAUCGCAUCAUCGACAAAUCUCUCGACCGCUCGAUGCGCUGAACUGCGUGCAAAGCUCCUUCCUCGACGCGCUGCGCUCCUGCCGCAAUGGCCAACAACAACCACCCACCUGGGAUGCCUUUUCCUUUCCCAUUGCCGCACACGCAGCAGCCGCCAAACGCCGCGCACCGAGACGGCCAACAGCAACAUGGCCCUCCGCCGCCGCCGCCGCCGCCUGGCUGGAACCUCCCGGGUCUCCACCAGCAGUAUCCCCCACAGCCACACGCGCCUCAACCGCGUCAUGCUGAGAACCAGAACAAUCUGCCUCCUUUCCCAUCUGCCGCCCUGAGCUGGCCGCCGCAGAUGCCUCCCGAGUGGCUGCAGUUGAUGCAGAGCAGCAUGCAGAGCGGCUUGAUGCCACCACCCCUGCCCGGCCUCACCUUCCCUCCGCCUUCGCUUCCACAUACACCGCAAGCUCCCGCGACACCAAUUGCAUUUCCUCCGCAAUUCCCUCCGCACUUCCCUCCACAGCCCACGGCAGCCCCAGCCGAGCGAGUGCAGGAAGUCAUGGACAGCGAUCGGGAAGACGGCGAAGUCACCGAUGCUGAGGGUGGCUCACAGACACCAGCAGGCAUGGCCAUGCGCCAAAGAUACCCCGAGCCUCCACGAUCGGCGCCUCGGGCAACGGCCAGGCCCUCUCGCGCAGAGGACGCAUACAAUCCAGACAGGCCCUCGGCGGGUCAGACAGCGCCGCAAGCGAGUGCGGCCGUGAAAGAGAUGGACCCGGUACUGCAACAGCGCGAAGAGGCCAAGCAAUUCAUCCGCCUCCUGAACAGCAACAACAUCGGCUACCACGCUCUGGCUAAGGAGAACAUCGACGUAGAGCUUCUGAGGGGCAUGUAUCGCAGCAUGAACCUGCCGUCUGAACCUGAGCCUAUCCCACCGCCAAAGACAAGUGGCGCAGUUGCGCCCAAACCCUCGAGCGCGAGUCACGCCACCACCACAACAACAACAACAACAACAACACCAAGCACGUCACAAAAGACGGCGCCUGCCGUGUCCACCAACGUUGCUGCUGUAUCAGCCGCAGCCGCAGGCGCUGCCGCGUCACCAGUGGAUCGCAAAGACUAUCUGGCACGCCUGCAGGCAGCUAAGCUGGCUAGACAGUCGGGCCCAACCAAGGCCAGUCCGCCACAGAAGUCACCGUCUGUGGCUGUUGCGUCUCCCGCAACCGGCAUCAGCACGCCUCAGGCGACCAUGACACCGACAAGGAAGCCGCCGGCUACAGACGAGCACAAGGCACGCCAGACUGAAUUGAUCAAGCAGCGACUGGAAGCACUCAAGGCGCAGAGCAAGCAGACCGCGGCAUCGUCCAGCAACAGCGCACAAAAGCCUGGACUGUCACAGCCCACUCCCCAGCAAGCGCCUGCUACAGGUACCUCAGCGCCGCAAACUCCCGCCUCAGGAUUCUCAGGCAUACCUGGCCUGUUCAUGAACGCGCCAUCAAAUACGGGCAACGGAACGUCGACACCGUCAAGGCAACCACAAGCUGUUCCGCAAAAGCGUCCAGCGCCCUCGGACACUUCAGUGUCCACACCACGAGGCUCGGUGACGCCCUACAAUCGCCCGUUCGGCCAGUCUCCCCACGCACCUCACGAGGACUCGAUGAUCAUCGAAGUCAGUGAUGACGAGUCCAAUGGCAGCGAUAUGGACAUUGAUGACGACCAAGCACCAUCGGGCUCAUCUGCUAUCCGCCAAGCUCCUGUCUCCAUACCUGGAUUCCCUCCCCGUCAGGCACCGGUGCCGGCUGCACUAUCUGCCGUCAGCACACCUGGUCCGCAAACACCUGCAACCCUUGCACGAACGGGGGAGCUCAAUACCAAAGAGCAGGAGCUCGCGGCUCUGAAGCUCACCCUCAAGAAGAAGCUCGCGGAGCAAAAGCGGAUCAAGGAGGCGGCAGAGGCUGCAACGGCGGCAGCGUCGGCCGCAGCUGCAUCAGCCGCUGCACCUCAAGAGACACCCUCAAAGCAGCAUCAAGCCCCUUCCUCGCUAGCCGCCGUUGCAUCUCAACAACUGCCAUCGGGCGGUCGUUCGCAAGAGACAGCUGCACCUGUCCCUGCCCGAGCCAGUACGUCAGCUGGCGAUUCGUCUCGAGAUCGAAAGCGACGUCGUCGAACAGAGAUUCAAGAGCAGCUGCCUUCCCUCGACGACGAAAUAGCCAGCAACGAGGCGGAGAUGGCACGACUCGCGAAGGACCUCGAAAGGCUCAAGACAAACAACGAGCGUAUCAUGCAAGACAAGCAGCGGUUGACAAAAGAGCUGGAAGACCUUGGCAUUGAUACCGGAGGCAUGUCACACGCUGACAUGCGAGCAACAAAGGACGAGAUCGAGCGUGCUAUGUCGCCUGAGGCUGGCACUGGGCCGCAGAUUGCUAGUGCGCUUCCACAAGCGUCGCCUCUGCGUGAGGAGUCCGGUGUCUCUGCUAUGGCCUCAGCGGAAAGCAUAGAUAUCACAGCAGCGGAAAGCAUAGAUAUCACAGCGACCGAAUCGACCUCUCUGUCCGCACCUGCCUCCACCGCUAGCCAGCCCCGCCCACCUCAAUCUGGCUUCCUGCCCGGACUCGGACAAGCUGCACCCCAUGUACAUGCUUCCACACUGCCUCGGGUUCCGCCGCAGCCCAUGCAAGAGCCACUCGCAAGUCCAUCCCACGACUUGCAGGCUACGUCCGAUCGUAUGGAACCUGUCGAGGCAUCAGGUCACGCUGCCACCAAGAACGAUCGCGCCUCCGCUACUUCUAUGGACGAUGACGAAGACAUUUAUUCGCCGCCACUGACGGUCGAGGCCGGUGUCAAUAUUGAACCUAUUGUGGCGGAAGCACCUGAGCUUCAGGUAGAACAGAACCUCGCGAAUGCCCCAUCACCGUCCGAAGAAGGUGAGGUGGAGAUGUCGGAGUCAUCUGAAGAUGAGGACGAUGAGGACGAUGAGGAAGAGUAUGAACCAGAAGAACACAUUGUGGAAGAACCCAUCGUCGACGAAGCCAUCGUGGAGGCACCUGCUGUCGAUGAGCGUGUCAUGGAAUCAUCGCAACACGCUCAGCUGCCAGAGCCGCAAGCCGAACAGGCGCAGUCUAUUGGACAGUCUCAGGUGUCGACAGAGGACGAGGAAGCCUACGAACCACCUGACGUCGAUGAGGAAAUGACCGAAGUCGCACCUGUGGCUGAUGCCGCUCAGUCUGAGGCUUUGUCUCCUGGUGACGCAGACGACGGAGCUAUGGAUAUCGCCACGUCUUCAUCUGAGGACUCAGACGACUCCGAUUCAGACUCGGACGAGGAAACUCAGUCAGAGCUUGGAGACUCGGAGUCGCAGACACAUGUGACACAACAAGUUAUUAACAUUGCUGACGAUCUAGCACCUGAGCUGCAACCAGAAACUUCAGUGGCGACUGUUCCAGCUGCUGUCCAAACAGAAAAUGUGCAGACCAUUGAGGAGGAGCCUGAGCCAGUCGGCUUCACUCCCUAUGAAAGCCCCCUUCGCAUGUUCAAGUCUUACCGUUAUCACCCCAACUUUUCGCAAGACGUCGAUGGCGGCUUCUUGUCCAUGACCUACAGUCAUCAAAUUGACCCUGAAAAGCCUUUGUGUCCUUUUGAAUCUGCAGGUGGAUCUUGCAACGACCCCGAAUGCCCCAAUCAGCACUUCCGGGGCAUGGGUAUCACUGGUGAGAAGCUCCUCGUCCAACUUGGAACCGCCAAUCCUGGCAAGACACAGGACGAGAAGCAGCAGUGGAACGACGGCCUGCGGAGUGUUCUGAAGGAUCUUCGCCAAAAGAAUAUCAAGGACCCCAAUGGUAUUGCGCGAGAGAUUGCCAAGUACCGUCGACAGUUCCUCAACGACGAUACCCGGGUUGUCAACCUGUGAGAUUGUAGACCUCCUUGUGCGGAGUAUCGGCCUUGCUGUCUGUACUCCGCCAUUGACUUUGACCGUACAGUACAGCGCACCUUGUUCACUUCCUUACGUUACCCACUCAGCCGGUCGACCGGCUCUUCGACAGUCUUCGACUUCAGUAAUUCUCCGAACGGCGCAAGGCGCAUGUGUUUUGGACUGUAAGCAUCGAUACCCUAUGCAUUGGGACGGAGUUCGGCCUCGCUUGGGGCAAAGGCAUUGGAGAUUUCGUAUGUGACUUGAAUAUUGCAAAAGCCACCAAUGCUGCUGCUACCGUCAACCCUGGCGUCUUGACACAGUUGCUUGACUAUCGAAUCAGCCGUCUAGUCCAAGAGAUUCGGUUAUCUCAACGCAUGAUGUGCUGGUAGCUAGGGGCGAUGCAGCGGCCGCGGCGGGCUUCAGCUAGGUAGACAGAAGAAUACAU